AUGGCGUAUAACCAGGAGGCUUUAGCAGAGACCAACAUCAUCAAGUUCAAGGACCAGGACUUUAACUCCUUGUGGGAUCACUGCCUAAGCAGAGGCCAGCUGUUUAAGGAUAAGACAUUCCCUGCUGAGGCUUCUUCCAUAGGCCAGAAGCUGCUCCAGGGAAAAGGACUCUCCGGCCUAGAGUGGAAACGGCCACAGGAUUUGUCAAGGGGCCCUCCACACUUCAUCCUGGAAGGUGCAAGCAAAUUUGACAUCCAACAAGGAAGGGCGGGAGACUGCUGGUUCCUGGCAGCGCUGGGCUCUUUGACUCAGAACCAACAGUGUCUGCAGAAGAUCCUGAUGGUCCAGAGCUUUGCACACCAGUAUGCGGGGAUUUUUCGUUUCCGGUUUUGGCAGUGUGGCCAGUGGGUGGAAGUGGUGGUUGAUGACCGCCUGCCAGUCGUGGACAAUGCCUGCCUCUUUGUACAACCUCGAAAAGACAACCAGGAGUUCUGGCCUUGCCUGCUAGAGAAGGCCUAUGCCAAGCUGCGGGGAUCCUAUUCCCACCUGCACUAUGGCUACCUCCCAGAUGCCCUGGUAGACCUCACAGGGGGCGUGGUCAGCAGCAUCACCCUGCACUCCUCCCUGUCCCAGCUGCUGAUGGUGGUGAGGACAGCAGCUGCAGAAGGCGCCCUGAUGACUUGUGCCACCCCCCAUGGGCCCACAGAUGAGGCAGAGGUGAUGGCGAACGGGCUGGUGAGUCAGCACGCCUACACGGUGACCAGGGCUGAGCAGAUUCCAUACAGAAGGGGCUGGGAACAAAUUAUCUGCCUUUGGAACCCCUGGGGUAACACCGAAUGGAGAGGACGCUGGAGUGACAGGUCUUGGGAGUGGCAGGAAACUGGUGACUCAUGGAAAAGCCAGCUCCAUAAGAACAAGGAAGAUGGCGAGUUUUGGAUGUCAUGUCAAGAUUUCCAAGAGUACUUCUCCUGCCUGUUUAUAUGUGCCCAAAUUCCAAUCACUCUGGACCGUGGAAACAUGCUCCGUGAAAGAUGGUCCUCAAUGGUGUUUAGGAACCAAGUCAUCCGAGGAAACAAUGCAGGAGGACCUAAAGAUGCUCAUUACCCCUUCUCCGUGCACGAGCACACUGAAGGCACCAAUGUUGUCGUGUCUUUCACGGUCCCUGGCAUGCCACCAAGUGAGAAAGCAGAAGACGAGAAAUUCCCACUGAACUUCCAGGUUGUCUUAUCUCCUUUCCAGCGAUUCGGAGAGAGACUGCCGUCCACGUUCUUUUCCCAAUUCAGAAAUGCCGCCCAGGGCAUAAAUUACAAAACCAAGUGCAACUUCACAAAAUCCUUCCACCUGAGCCCUGGGAACUAUGUUGUGGUCCCCUCGGCACGGAGAGGUGCAGCUGAGUUCUUGCUCCGAAUCUUCCUGAAAAUGCCCGAUGGUGACAGGAGCCUGAGCAGCAAUUUCAGCCUGAGAACACUAAAGGAAAGCCUUGCAGAACCUGGCUCCCAGGAAAGCAUUUUCUACAGAUAUGCUCAGCAGGGGACGGACAUUGAUGCCACCCAGCUUCAGAACCUUCUCAACCAGGAACUCCUAACAGGACCCCCUGGGGACACAUUCUCCUUGGAUGAGUGCCGCAGCAUCGUGGCUCUGAUGGACCUGCAAGUGAAUGGGCGGCUGAACCAGGAGGAGUUCACACGACUGUGGAGGCGCCUCGUCCGGUGCCAGCAAGUUUUCCAGAAUGUCCAGAAAAGCCCCGGAGUCCUCCUGAGCUCGGACCUGUGGAAGGCUGUAGAGAACACAGACUUCCUUGCAGGGAUCUCCAUCAGUACUGAGCUGCUGGACCUCGUGACCCUCCGGUACAGCAACAGCGCUGGCAGGGUCAGCUUCCCCAGCCUGGUGUGCUUCCUGAUGCGGCUGGAAGCCAUGGCAAAGACUUUCCAUAACCUCUCUAAGGAUGGAAAAGGACUCUACCUGACAGAGAUGGAGUGGAUGACCCUGGUCAUGUACAACUGA